AUGGCUUCUGCAAAGAAUGAUCUCCAAAUGGAAGAUAUUAUCGCUCUUAGUGGUGAUGAGGAUGAUUUCAAGUUAAUACAAUCUGUUGAUGGCGAUGUCAUUGGAGAUAUCGAUACUGAUAGUGCUUUCAAGGACGUUGGUAAAGACAUUGCCCAAAAGGAGAUAAAGUCUUUAAUCAAGGACAUUGGUUUAGCUAAGUUCCAAUUAGGAGCAACAGUUUCUACUGCAAUACAAGCUCACGAUCUUAACUAUGCAGAAAGUAAGGAUAAAAAGAAAUCAAAGAAAAAGCAAAAAAAGAUAUCGAAUGACAGUAUUCAAAAUAAUACUGGGACCGUAAACAGGGAUCAAUCUGUGUCUAACAUUGGCAAUGCGAAGGAUCAACAAAUAUUAGAGAAUACUAGUACAUUAGCAAGAAAUAAUCAGACUCUCCCAGAUAAUAAUGACCAAUCUAAAAUAUUUCAAAAAGUUCUGCCAUGCUCUUUCCAUACUACAAUUCGAAAAUAUUUACUUCUAGAACUAGAUGGUCUAUGGUAUAAGGAUCUGGAAGAAUGUCAGGAAACUAUUCCAAAAUCAGAUAUAAGAAAAUCCACCUCUGACGUGCUUAAAACAUACGAAAAUGUUGCAUCUGAAUUAAUAUCGAAUGAAAGCGAACUUUAUCAUCAUAAAAAAUCAAAAGAUAGAAAAAGUGAUUUCGAUUGGUUAAAAACAGUUAUGGCUUCGGGUACACUUACUGAUAAAACCGCCGCACAUGCUGUGCUGUUACAGAUCUUAUUGUUGUUAGAUACCCUAAAAGAAGUUCUACUUUCCAAUUUACUGCCUGAUGAUAGAAAAUUGAAGAAAUUGUCUCAGCAACCAUUGCAUGUCUUGAAUGAAUUGCACGACUCAAAUAAAGAUGUAGAACUGCGUGAUAAGCUACUAAUAUACUGGCAUUUUGAACAACAAUUAAAAGAUCUAUAUGCUGAGCUUAUAUCUAUUAUAAAGAACAUGCUGAAUGAUUCUAUACUACAUAUUAAAAAUAAAGUCCUCGGAAUAUUGUUUGAUCUAUUUUGCGGAAAGCCUGAACUAGAAAAUGUUACUUUGCCAAUGAUUGUUAAUAAACUUGGUGAUCCAGAAAAAAAAGUAGCCUCUAAAACUACCUUUAUACUUCAACGUAUUUUAACUAGACAUCCGAAUAUGAAGUUAAUCGUUAUUACAGAAAUUGAACAACUUCUAUUUCGACCCAAUAUUACAGAAAGGGCACAAUAUUAUGCUAUAUGCGUUUUAAACCAAAUCCUUCUUACCCGAAAAGAAUCAUCUAUCGCAGCUAAAUUAAUUAAAAUCUAUAUUUCACUAUUUAAGGCUGCAGUGAAACGAAAAGGUUCCGAUACUAGAAUAACGAGUUCUAUCCUUAUUGGUACAAAUAGAGCGUAUCCCUUUGCUAAAGGUUCUUAUGCUAUUAUAUCAAAUGAUAGAUAUCAGGCGCUUUUCCUCAAUCUUGUUUAUAAAGCUCUAAAGUCUGAUAGCGUGCUGAGCCGAGUCAAGGCAUUUGUUAAGAGACUGUUGCAAGUUUGUACACACGAGCAACCGCCAUUUGUUUGCGGUACUCUUUACAUGUUAUCGGAAAUAUUUAAAUUAAAGCCCGGAUUAAAAACGUUGUUACUUCGUGCAGAGGGCUCGGAUGAAGAAGAACAUUUCGAUGAUGCAGAUGAUAGUGAUACGGAAUUGGAUAAAAAUGCUAUUCUCGAUGUCAAUAUAAAAGGACCAAGUGAAGUUACAAGCGAUACAUCUGGCUAUUUGCAUCGUAGCAAGAAGGCAACGAACUAUGAUGUAAAGCAGCGAAAUCCUUUAUAUUGUGGAGCAGAAUAUUCAAGCAUGUGGGAACUGAGAAAGUUAAAAAAUCAUUAUCACGCUACAGUUGUCCACUUUGCUGAUACGCUACUGAAACUUCCUUCUAAUAAGGGCUACACAAUUGAUUAUACUGGGGAUCCAUUGAGUGAUUUCACGCUUAUGCGAUAUUUUAAGAAAUGUGAGGAAGAAGAAGCUAAUGUAAUAAGACUAGCCGCAAAAAAGAAGCGGCAAAAGGAUAUGCAAGACUUUGAUAUGGAUGAAAUAGAUUCUGCUGAAGAAAAUGAAAAAUCAGGAGAAUUAGAUUUUGCUAGGUUUGCUAUGUUAAUUCGAACAUUUGCAGGUGAUCUGAGUAAUGCGAAAAAAACGAAAAAACGAAAGAAGGCGACAGACGAUUCUGAUGAAGAAGACGAUGAAGAUUAUGAUUAUGACGACAUGAAUGAAUCUGAUGAAAACGACGCUAACAAUUUAUCGGAAGAAAAAUUAACUAAGUUACUUUUGGAUGAAAUGACCCCUGAUGAAGAUGAAGAUAAUGAUGAUGGAUCGAAUGAAGGCAGUGUUGCAAAGAGGCCAAAUAAGGAUAUCAUGUCCAUGUUUGCAGAUGCUGAAGAGUUUUCUCAUCUACUAGAAGAACCAAGUAAAGAAAAUUCGUCAAAACAAUUGGAAUGGGAAUCAAAGCAAAAUAAUAUAAACAAGUCGAAACAGAGGCGUAAAAAAUUUAAGAAACAAAGACCUGUGGAAAAUUAUGGUUCUAGAAAUAAAUCGAAAUCACCCAGUAGCAAAAAUCGUAAUCAACACCGAAUUAAAUAG